ACAGGGACAGAAACCCAACGCCUGCUGUGCCCUGUGCCAGGCAGGGGCUGGGGGGGUGAAGCUCCGCUCCCCACCUGCCUCUACCUGUCCCAGGCUCCCAGGCAGAGAUCCUGUAACAAGGAGCCCUUGUCUCCUCCACAAUCCCCCCCUUCUGGCCACAGCACCUGCCUGCCGGGCUGGCGGCGGGGCCGGGGGCUCUGAAGGGCCUUUCUGUGCAGGGAUGAAUGGGAGCCUGUUCCCCUCCGGUGGGCUCCCACCUCCUGCUUGCCUGCCCACCCCCAGCCCGGUGCCCCCCAGGGGCUGGGUCGGCUCAGCCUGGCCCCAUGGGGCUCAGGGCACCCCAAGUCGCUCAGGGUGGGCAGCCCCUGAUGCUAAAGAAGGAUCAGGGCAUGCUUCAGCUGCCCCCAUGGCAGAGGGGGUCCCAUGCACCCUGAGAGCUUCCAGACCCCAGCUGCUGAUUGCUUCUUCAGUACAAAUAAAUGUAUAUAAAAAUGUGUCCUGCUGGCCUGUCCAGUUUAUUCCAGGAAUGGUGAGAUAGUGGGAAGAGCCUGGGAGGCCUCAGCAGGAUUCCUCCAAGGCUGCAGGCUGAGCUGGGUGUGGGUUUUGAUAAAUGGGAGUCCUGGAGGUGGGACCCACCAGGAGAUGGUGAUUACACAAACCCUGUAUUUUGCAAAUCCUCAUUUCUCCACUCGCAGAUGGGGUGGGUGGGUGCAGGCAGCAGUGGAGAGGGGAUGAAUGGAGGGGUCAUGGUCCUGCCCUGUGGCUCUCACAGGUGGGGGAUGUCAGGGUGCUCAGUGUCACCUCCUCAGCUGAGCCAUCACCUUUCUUCUCCCAGCUUGCUGCAGGCAGAGCCGCUGGUCCUGGCUCCCUCAGGGACCCCGCACGGAGCCGGCAGCCGCAGGUGGGCUCUUGGAGGCGGCUCAGAGGGUGGGAAUUCCUUCAAGCCCUCUGCUGAGCUGGAGGAGCAGGAGGCCAGCAGAAAGCAGCCCAGCCCCUGCCUCCACUCGGUGAUGGCCAGAGCAAAGGCAGACCCCAAGUUUCGGGAGAUCUUCCGCUUCAACACCCCCGUGCUGAUGUGGGACCAGCACUUCACCCUGGAGACCUGGAACAGGCUGAAGACACGGCACGUCCCCUACGGCUGGAAGGGCUUGUCCGUCGCAGUGGUGGGCAGCACCCUGCAGCUCCUCAACGCCUCGGCCAACCGGCAGCUCUUCGACAGGGCCGCCUUCCCCGGGGGCUGCGUGCGCUGUGCCGUGGUGGGCAACGGCGGCAUCCUCAACGGCUCGCGGCAGGGCAAGGCCAUCGACAGCCACCACCUGGUCUUCAGGCUCAAUGGUGCUGUGAUCAAAGGCUUCGAGGAGGAUGUUGGUACCAAGGUCUCCUUCUAUGGCUUCACGGUGAACACCAUGAAGAAUUCCCUCAUCUCCUACCAGGAGUACGGCUUCACCCAGAUCCCCCAGGGCAAGGACCUGAAGUACAUCUUCAUCCCCUCGGAUGUCCGUGACUACGUCAUGCUGAAAUCGGCCAUCCAGGGCAGCCCAGUGCCCGAGGGCUCGGACAAGGGGGACCAGCCACAGAAGUAUUUUGGACCGGAGGCAUCUGCAGAGAAGUUCAAGAUGCUGCAUCCUGAUUUCUUGCAGUACUUGACAGCAAGGUUCCUGCGCUCAGAGAUCCUGAACACCCAGUAUGGCUCCCUCUACAUGCCCAGCACCGGCGCCCUCAUGCUCCUCACCGCGCUCCACACCUGCGACCAGGUCAGUGCCUACGGGUUCAUCACAGCCAACUACGAGCAGUUCUCAGACCACUACUACGAGGUGGAGAAGAAACCUCUGGUGUUUUAUGCCAACCAUGACAUGAUGCUGGAGGCAGCGCUGUGGAGGAGCCUGCACCGCGCAGGGAUCAUCACCCUCUACCAGCGCUGAGGCCACCUCCCCACAGGGGCCAGUCCAAGGACUCUUGUGGCUCUUCUCCUUUUUCCUGAGGGUCACCUUCUCCCUGCUGAGGGCUCUUCCCAGCUGGCCAGACAGCUCAUGGAGCAGGCUUGCUGCACACAGCCAGCAGUGAUGUGAGGAUAAUGGGAAGCUGAAGCUGGUGGAGGAAUGUUGCAUUUCCUCAGGGAUCAGUGUGAUUGAACACGGCCUUUGGGGCAGCCAGAAGCACCCAGCACAUGGCUGUGCCCUGCCAGCCCUAUGAAUGUGGCUGUGGGGCAGCAGUGGCCCCUGUGGAGCACAGGAAUGGCAGGGUGGUGCUGGAAGAGGAUGCUGGAAAAUGCCCUUUACCUUAAAUGCUUAUCACCAUGGUAAAUCCUUGCACUGGAGACCAGGUGACAGGAGGUGACAUGUCUGGAGAGCACCUCCCUCCAGAAAGACUGCAGAAAAUCCCAGCUCCAGCCAGCUGUGUGUGGAUGUGUGCCACAUUCCAGAAGGAUCCGUUUGCCUCCCUGGUCAGUGGCACACACAGCAGGACAGACACAGUGGGCCUGUCACUGUCCCCUCCUUGAGGUCUGCUGUUCUCUGACAAGGAAGGGGCUCAAAAGCCAUCAGCUACACGGAGGGUCACGGCAGCUCAGCCAGGACACCAGGAACAUGUCCAGGCUCUGAGCAGCCUGGAGGUGACACUGGCCUCAGCCAUGUGUGGCACUGGGUUUGUUGGCCUUUUCUUGCACAGGGACUCUGGUGCCCUCUGAGAGGCAGCCCCACACCAGGUGGGUCAAAGUGAUGAUCGCUCUUUUCAUUCCCUUCCCCAAACCCCAAGGGAGGGCAGGGUCCUGAACCCUUCAGCUAUCCCUCACACACCAGCACUGCUCAGGGAGACCCACCUGGGGAGGCUUCUCCAGCUGGUGAGGGCUGGAGACAGAGCAGUGUAAUCCAAGACACUUUCCUACUUUGUGUAAUUACAUAAAUGUUGAAUGAUUGUUUUCCUUAACACCUGUUUCUGUUGUUUUGAUGAACUGGGCGGGGUGAGACCCCCCCCUUUACCUCCCACAGCAGAGGAGCAGUAACAGGGAGUAGAUUUCAACUCGGGAACAGCUCCAGAGGCAGAUGGAGAUGGAAACGGGUUUAAAUCAUGGAGAUGCAGACUGGGAGACCUGUUAGCUCUGAGCACAGCCCUGUAACACUUGGAAUGCUAUUUGCUGUACUAGGUUGGUGUACAGAGAUGGCAAGAGAUACCCUGGCCCUGAACCAGGGAACCUCCAAACCCCCUGAAGCUCCAGCAGGCAGCCCCCAGCCAGUUCACAGGCAGGUUGGGCUCCAAGCCUGUUCCAGAUGUAAUCUCUAGCUUGGGGCCCAUCUUGUGUUCCCACGUCUCAAAUUAACCUUUGUUCCCAUCAGAGCCACCUUACACUGGUCCCACAGCAGCCUGUCAGGCCUGUUCUGUGUUCCCAAACACUCAGCAAAACCUUCUGUGGCACGAAUGAACCUGAUGCUCACAUCCUCUGGCCGAGACAUUCUGAAACCUCCUCAAGGCAGCUCUGGCCAAGCCUCAGGUGACAUCAGCGCUGUGACACUCAGGGCAAGAUGAGCAGGAUGGUGCUGCAAUCCUGCCUGGAAUCACCCAGCUCACAGGCACAUCAGGAACUAAACAUUGGGAACCACAAUGAGCACCUUCCUUUUCCCCUCUCAGAAAGGGAUGUUCCCAGCCAAGGGUGGAGCCCUGCUGGAGUUAACUCCAUUUUAAGGACUUACUCAUGGCUGUACUCCCAAGCACACCACAAGAACCAUCUGGCACCAGACCUUAGCCAUAAAUUAGUUUUGUCACACUGUUCCCAUGAAUUAUUUCUGGGACAGAAUCUGCAGACACUGAAGUCUUUGUGUUAUGGGUUUACUAUGAAGAGUAAGCUCACAAUCACUGCCUCAGGAAGGGUUUUAAUCCAAAAUCUGUCCUACCUGCACAAAACCGUUUUUGUCCAAAAAGAAUCAGAAUCAUGACAGUUGGAAAACACAUUUUAAGAGCAUGGACU